AUGGAGGUAGACCGUUUAGCGCGUGUUAUUUUAAUGUCGGCCGCGGUAAUAAUCGCGGUUGGGAAGACAGUUUCGUGCCAGAAAUAUAACACGGAGAGUGCCGACAUGUGCAGAAUGUUCGCGAAGAACCCGUAUUUCGAUCCAGAACUCGUAGUCGGAAAGCCUUGGCGUAUCUACUACACUUGGAACGUGAAGCUUGGAUCUAAAUGCUUGGACGUCAUCUACAGGAAUGCUACUAAAGAGAUAAUCCAGCGCUUCUGGUCGGAAAUGAACGAGUAUUUGGAGUACCAGCCGAACUGGAAUGCCGCUGCCUUGCUCCUCACCUUACGCUCCCCUCAGCACGAGAUCCUGCUAUUCGCUAAUCAGGGGCCGGCGGGGAGUUUCAUUGGGCUACCUAACGUCAUCCGUGACGGGAAUCCUUUGCCGAAGAUGGUGUUCCUCACCAAGUUCCAUAUGAAACUGAUCCGGAACGGCAAGUACUUGGUGAUGAUGGACUGCAAAAUGGGGGCAGCGACAUUGUCCUCGCGCGUGCGUAAAUCACCACCGUCGAUGGUGGAUUUGGCGUCGCUGAGUGUGGAACUGAGGUUGGGUGAAGGCCACCAUGCCUGCAUGACCGAGAUGGCCAAGAACGAUAACGACCGCUUCUUUGCU